AUGUUCCCCUGGGGCAGCAACUCCCUGCCCACCCACCACCGUCAAGGUCCAACCUCCCCCUCCACUGCCGCCUACCACCAAAUGCCGCAGAUGCGCCAACCCAUAUCGCGCUCACAGGCACGACCACAAAACUACCAGACUUCUCCUACAUCGCAUAACCUAUCAACCCUCACGUCAGGCCCACAUUCCGUGUCAGUGGUAGUAACGAACAGACCGUUGACGACACCGACCAACGCAUCGAAAAGCGCAGACGGGCAAGCGGACGAGGGACCAAACGGGAGCAAUAUCACCCCCCAACGAAGCGUGGGAGGCGUCGUCUCCGAACGAGACCUGUUUUUCGUGCCGAUGGCCGGUAGUGGCUCGAACACCACUUCAAACCCGGGGAGUAGUGGGUAUUUCAUGUCCGGAACCGGGAACACCAAAGCCCGAGGAACGAAACGCACCCGCGUAAGCGACAUGGACAUGGGCAUAAACAUGGCUAUGAACGGCGACGCCGACGAUGGCGAAGCCGACAUCGACGGCGGUAACGGCGAUACGCCGCGCAAACACGGCAAGCGGCUAACAACACGCGAAGAAGUCUCCCUGUUCGAGAUCUGCAACCGCCACGCCGAGAACUUCGGCCACCGCAGCAACCUGUGCAACUGGUGGAAGACCGUUACAGCGGAGUUCACGCGCGCCCACGGGCAUCCGUACUCGUGGCACUCUGUGCGGCGCAAGGUCGAGCUGGUCUCGAAGCAGCGCCUUAAGUUUCUGGACGAUCAGCGCGCUCGCGGGGGCGCGGCGACGGUGACCGAGGACCUCUCGAAUCCACAGUGGCGCGCUGCGAUUGAUGCGUGGAUUCCUACCUGGCAGCGCUGGGAGGAGGCCGAGGCGCGGCGGAUUGAGAAACGCGAUUCGAGGAGUAGUCGCAAGCGGAUGGACAAGGAUGUUCACCAUCAUCAUCACCAGCAUCACCAGCAGCAGCACGCUUGGGAUCCGUGGGCUGCGGCGGGGGCUACGGAGAUUGACGGGAACCCGUCUACGUCCUCGCCGAGUGAGUUGCCGACAACGGAUGCCUCGCUUCCUGUUGCUGCGGGUUCAGCGUCUUCUUCUGCGAGCGAUGCUCCCCUUCUCCCCGCCGACGCCGUUGUUCCUGUUCCAGCUGCAGCUUCACACCCGCUCCUACCACCAUCUUCCACACAGGUCUCUACGGUGAAACUCCCCCCAGGCUUCGAAACAAUGUUCUCCAACAUGCCAUCGACCCAGUCCCCCGCUCCAUUCACAACCACUUCACCCAUGCAACCCGAUAAUCGCAUGGUCGCAUCUCUCUUCCAAGCACUAGACAAGCUAAACAAACAUCUCGACGCCGCGUCCAUGACCGCCGACGGCGCAGGACGCCGUCCUUCCUCGUCAUCCGUCAUUUCGGCGCUGGUAUCCGCCUCCGAAGCCGCAGUUCAGAACUCCGCAUCGACUGCCCAACGCACGUCUCUGCAACAUGCCUCGUCGAUUGACGUCGAAGCCGUUAAGACGGAACUGCGGCAGGAGAUGCAGGCUGAGUUGCGCAUCGCGAUGGAACGGAAUGCUGCCAUAGAGGAGAAGCUGGAUUCAUUGCAGCGGACGCAGGAGGUUAUUCUUAAUAUGCUGAGACAGGAUGAUGCUUGA